AUGGGAAUUCCUCAACGGCAGCUACAUCCACAACCAUGGUAUAAGGUUGUUGGUGACACUCUCAUGCGACAUAUCUCAUUCCUAGGACCAGGUCUCAUCGCUGCGGUUGCAUACUGUGACCCUGGUAACUGGGCUACGGAUAUGGAAGCUGGAUCACGUUUCGGUUAUAAGCUUCUCUUUAUUGUGUUACUAUCAGGUCUAUUUGCAGUUCUUUUACAAAUACUAUGUUGUCGUCUCGGAGCUGUGACGGGCUUGGACCUUUCAACUCAGACACGUCGUUUGGUGUUAGGCUUACCUAUUGACCAGAGUGAGUCGUAUUCAAUGCCAUUGUGGAAGUACCGUCUUCGAUACUGGGGUUUACUUAUUCCACUCUACAUUGUAAAUGAAGUUGCUAUCGUCGCCACAGAGUUAGCCGAACUCAUCGGCACUGCUAUUUCACUAAAUCUAUUAUUCCCAGCUCUUCCGCUCUGGGCUGGUGUGAUGAUAACAACCGUGGACGUUUUUCUUGUUCUGUGUCUAUAUCGCCCCUCAUCCGGUAUCCGUCUCUUCGAAAUGAUCAUCGGUGUACUGGUCUUGAUUGUGCUGAUAUGCUUUUGCGUGCUACUGGGCCGCGUUCGGCCAAAUUGGGGCGAUGUUUUCCAUGGAUAUGUCCCUUCUUCGACAGUUAUAUCAUCACAAGGUCUUUAUAUUUCUAUCUCCAUUCUUGGCGCCACCAUCAUGCCUCAUUCUUUGAUUCUUGGCUCUCACUUUGCCACAAUUGACCGACUGGACGGCGAGUCUGAUCUCGACUCGGAUUCCUCGUCUGUUCAGAAUGAGCCCACUGACGAAGGGGAACGACCGACUCAUGACGCUAGCACAAGUCGAUACAGAACCUUCCGGAUGAUGCGCUCCGUCUGGCGCCGCUUGGUCGCGCCAAAUAUACGGGUGCCCGAGGUGCUUCAGACCGAUAAAAUCCCCCCGCUUAAGGCGGUUUCGUUCCAGUAUCUUAACAUAACAUUGCAACACUCUUCAUGGGACAUCGCUAUUUGCCUUGUCUUGUUUGCUAUUACGAUCAACAGCGCUAUCCUAAUCGUAGCUUCCGCUGCUUUUUUCUAUGGACACAACGAAAAAGGCGAGCGAGAAGUGGUCGGCGAUUUGUUUCAAGCGUUUGCUCUCCUUCGCGAUACCACGGGAAAGUCCACGGCUAUUCUCUUUGCCGUAGCUUUACUUGCUGCUGGUGAAUCUUCCAGUGUGACGGUCACAUUAGCUGGCCAGAUUAUCUCAGAGGGCUUCAUCCGUUGGCGUCUCACUCCCUUCAUGCGCCGCCUCUUGACGCGGGCCAUCGCAGUCAUUCCCGCCAUGAUUGUUGCAGCCGUAGCCGGUCGAGACGGUUUAGACAGCAUGCUUGUCGCCUCUCAAGUCGCAUUGUCUAUGGCGCUUCCGUUCGUCAGCUUUCCGUUACUCGUUAUUACAUGUUCACCAAAGCGAAUGUCACGAGAACUUGCAGAGGAUAGCUCUGUACCUGUGUGUCAGGCGGAACUCAGUCCUUCGCAAGGGCCUUUGUGUCUGGACACGGCCGGACCGUCUAGAUCAAGGGAACCCUCUUCGGUUUCGUCCAAACUCUUCCAUAUCUAUAACGGAAUAUACGAAUUCGUAUGGCCGAGUCGCGCAUAUGUGGACUUCGACACUGGGAAGUUUUUCUACAAAUUUCACAAUGCGCCACCAAUUGCCAUAUUGUCAUGGUGUGUGUUUCUUCUUAUUUGCAUUGCGGACAUGUAUGUCCUGAUUACGAGCAUUCAAAAUCCAUCGAAUGCGUAG